UCAACAGCGUGAUGAACAAUUACUUGAUGGUAUUGAGAAAAUGUCCUUCGAUGUGCAAGCGCUAAAAUAAGAUGAGAACCGAUUGAAAAAAACAGCGAUAACUAGAAAAGUUCAUAUUCUACUAUUCCAACGAAAUAAAAAUUUUAAAAAAUCAAUUUGAGUUAAGAACAAUCAGAUUGGUCUUUUUUUGCAGCCUCUAUUGUUUAUAAAAAUCAAUAAACCCGCCAUUCUCAAACUUUUCACUUUUUCACUAGGUGGCAGGAAACACAAAAAUUCAUCAGUCUUUGAAUUCACUUUGUUCAAUCAACUUCAUUUAAUUUUGACAAUUUAAGUAUUUUUUAAUUGUUCUAGGUGUUUCUAUUAAACUGUUUUGUCAAAAUAUCAUUACUAGAUCAGUGUUAUUACAAAUGUUUCAAUUAAUUGAAUCUGUCACGCAUCAUAAAUUCAAAUGAAGGUGGACAAAUAUUUGUUUUCAUCUUUAAGUUUUUCAACUAUCACUUGAUGAUUCUGUUUAUGUUUAUAAAAUUUUCCUUUUUACAAUAAAAUGUGAUUGACUUGUUAAUGUCCCUUUAACCUUUGAAUGACUGUUUAAUUACGUUUCAUAUCAUGUUACAUUCACUGUGUUCAAUUUGCAGUUACCACUGACUUAAACGUUAAAAAUAUGUUUCACUUUUGUGCCUUAUGAACUCCAUGUUUUGUUUGACGUUUAUAUCAAUAAUUAUUUAAAAUUGAUUCUUUAAAUUUGAAACUGGUUGGCGAAGAUCAUGAAAUCAAUGUUAUGUCUAAAUUUUGCAACUGUUAUUUUCACUCUUUCAUCAAAAUUUUUUCCUGUUAUAAUUGAUAUCUGUAUCAUUUAAAGCACAACAAAACGCUAUGAGCCGUAACAAUACACCUUCUCCUUCUUUGUCCGAUUCAUCAAGUGAUGAUAGUCAUCAUGACUAUCUACCUUAUGCAUUUUCACCUGUUAAACUGGAAUGGCCUCCGUUAAAAUACAUGUUAUUGGUUUUUAUCAUAUCUUUUGUCGUUUACAGCAACUCUUUAUCAUGUGGUUUUGCUUUUGAUGACAUUUCAGCUAUUAGAGAUAAUAAAGACAUUAGACCCAGCACUCCUAUUUUGCAAAUUUUUGCCAAUGAUUUUUGGGGAACACCUAUUAGAAAAGAGCACAGCCAUAAAUCAUAUCGACCUUUAACAGUCCUGACUUUCCGUCUCAACUAUUUAUUUGAUGAACUUAACCCGUAUGGAUAUCACCUGGUUAAUGUUUUAAUUCACUCAAUAGUCUGUUUGCUCUAUUAUAAAUUAUGUUUUGCCUUUAUGCCUGAAUCAGCGAGUCUAAUUGCUGCCCUAAUCUUCGCUGUUCAUCCUAUCCAUACCGAAGCUGUAACUGGUGUCGUUGGAAGAGCUGAAACGUUAUCAUCACUUUUCUUUUUGUCAGCUCUUUUACUCUACAUCAAAGGCACCUACAACCAUAAACAUGCAUCCUGGAUUUGUGUAACUUCAUCACUCAUUAUGGCUGGUGUUGCUACCUUUUGUAAAGAACAGGGUAUUACAGUUCUUGCUGUUAUUGGUGUUUAUGAGCUCAUGAUUCUCCAAAAGCUCAAAUUGGACAAUCUUAAACAAUAUUUGUCGAUUAAAUCUUUUCGCGCCAAGCGCAUGAAGGAGCACUUGUUAAGAGUAUGUUUGAUAAUCACUUCUGUAGUUAUAUUGCUAUUAAUUCGUAUUCGAGUUAUGGGAUCUCAAUUGCCAGUAUUCACCAAGUACGACAAUCCCGCUGCUGUUGCUUCAACUCCAACUCGUCAGUUGACUUAUAACUAUUUAUUGGCUGUUAAUAGUUGGUUACUUCUCUAUCCUAUGAAUCUCCUUUGUGACUGGACUAUGGGUACCAUACCACUUGUUCAAUCUUUUUUAGAUGUCCGCAAUCUCGCCACUAUUGCCUUUUACGUUAUCUUAUUCAGCGCAUCAUUUAAAUGUUUGCUCAAUUUCAAUGAAAGAAAUCGAAAUAUUCUUACCAUGAGUAUGAGCUUAAUCGUGUUCCCAUUUCUUCCGGCCUCAAAUCUAUUUUUCCCAGUUGGUUUUGUAAUCGCUGAGAGAGUUUUAUACUUGCCAAGUAUGGGAUUUAUAAUGUUAAUUGCUUAUGGUUGGUUCAUCCUUUUCCGAAAAAUUGAUUCUAUUGGCAAUAAUUCGCUAUCUCGUAGCUAUAAACGAGCUCCUAGGAUGUUAUUACACGGCUUUUUGGUUGUCCUUUUAAUAUCGUUUUCUGCUCGAACUUGGAUACGUAAUUACGAUUGGACAUCGGAAUACACUAUUUUUAAAGCUGCAUUGAAAGUUUGCCAGACAAAUGCUAAACUCUUCAAUAACGUUGGUCAUUCUUUAGAAUCACAAGGAAAGUAUAAAGAAGCUUUAGCUUACUUUCUGAAAGCGUCUGAAACACAACCAGAUGACUUAGGAGCCCAAAUGAACGUUGGUCGUACUUAUAACAACCUGGAAAUGUAUGAUCUAGCAGAACAUUACUUCUGGAAAGCUAAAAAUUUACUCCCAAGACCCAAACCUGGACAACAAUAUCAAGCCCGAAUUGCUCCUUCUCAUUUAAAUGUUUUCCUCAAUCUUGCAAACCUUAUAUCAAGAAAUCGUUCAAGAUUAGAAGAAGCGGAUUCACUUUAUCGUCAAGCUAUAAGCAUGAGAGCCGAUUAUACUCAGGCUUAUAUUAACAGAGGUGAUAUUUUGAUCAAACUCAAUCGGACUCGUGAAGCACAAGACGUUUAUGAACAAGCAUUACAAAUCGAUGCUACAAAUCCAGACAUCUAUUACAAUCUUGGAGUUGUCCUCUUGGAGCAAAGAAAACCCACUCUUGCGCUUUCCUAUUUUGACCAGGCUCUCAAAUUGAAUGAAUUACAUGAGCAAGCGUUGAUAAAUUCGGCCAUUUUGAUACAAGAACUUGGUGAUGACAGAUUAAGACCAAUCGCUCAAAAGCGACUCAAAAAGUUAAUCGAGUUGAACAAAGCAAACGAAAGAGUUUAUUUUAAUCUUGGUAUGUUAUCCAUGGACGAUAAAGAAUAUACAGCUGCUGAAAAAUGGUUCAAACUUGCUGUCCAAUCACGUCCUGAUUUUCGAAGUGCACUUUUCAAUUUAGGCCUCCUAUUGUCCGAUACUAAUCGACCCAUGGAAGCUUUACCUUACCUUAAGCAAUUACUUGCCUAUUAUCCUGACCAUAUCAAAGGCCUUAUACUUUUGGGUGAUAUUUACAUUAAUGUUGUGAAAAAUGUGGACGAAGCAGAAAAGUGUUAUUUAAAAAUUGUUCAAUUGGAUCCUAAAAAUAUUCAAGGACAACAUAAUUUAUGUGUAAUUUACGUUGAAAAGGGUAAACUUGAAGAGGCUGAGAAAUGUUUGAUCAAAGUGAAUGCCAUUUCACCCAAUCAAGAUUAUAUUGAUAAGCAUUUACGUAUUGUUAGAAAUCGAAUCGCCCAGAAAAGAAUGCUAAACAAGGAGAAAGUUGUCAAUGACUCUGACACAAAAUUAUAAUCAUAGCUUUUCUAACUUCAAAUCUCCUAAAUCACUCGUGAUUCCCUUUAUCAUCAAAUAAUUACACUUCAUAACGCAAUACUAACUCUGAACCUUCAACCCUUCAACAGUAACAAUUAACUUAUUUCUUGCCUUUAUAUGCAUUUCAAAGGCUAUUUCUCAGGCUAAAUACUUCUUCGCUCAACGAUCAUCGUGUAAACUAGUCAUUGUGAUAAAGCUUCCUCUCUGAUCAUCCACUUAAUCAACCCAACCAUUCCAAAUCAAUUUUCAUACUCAGACCUCAAGUGUUCGUUACUUAAUCCGUUCAAAUUUAUCCGACUUUUCUGUACUAUAUUAAUUGGUGACUGGUAACAUCGUAAAAUUUAAUAACUACGAUUAAUUUUCUAUCAUCCAUCGUCCAUUAUGUUAAUCGUAAAACUGGAAUAAACCAACUUCAAUAAUCUAUUUGUAAUACGGAGUUUCUUCAUUGAAUCAAAACAACUCGAGCAAACUGUUAAUUAAGUCCAUCUGAUUUAAAUUAUGAGAUAUCAAAAUAUUAUUUUGAUUCAAAGCUGUCAAUCGUGAUCAACUGCACGUCUUAUCAAAUAAAAGACAGAUAACCACAUUAUUUAAUCAGUCAAA